AUGCCUUCUAUACUCAUCACCGGUGCUGGCGGCUACGUUGGUCAAGAACUCGCAGCAGAACUAUUACGCACCUCCUCCCCCGAUACCACAGUCAUCAUCGCCGACGUCCAAGAACCCCCAGUACCGGCAUCAGCAUCCGAGCAUGCCUCGCGACUCAAGACCGUAGCCGCAGAUCUGACCUCCCCCAAGGUCGUUGACGAACUAAUCAACCCAUCCACUCCCUACGAAUCCGUCUUUUUGCUCCAUGGGAUUAUGUCCAGCGGCUCCGAAGCCAAUUUUGAUCUAGGCAUACAAGUCAACUUCGACUCAAAUCGAUACAUCCUCGAUCGUCUCAAGGACACCAUGCCCGGCGUAAAAGUGAUUUUCACAUCUUCGCUAGCUGUCUACGGUCCUACAAAAGCUGGAUUUGUUAUUAACGAAACCAACUUGCCGCCCGUGCCGCUGUCAUCGUACGGAUCACAGAAACUCAUGAUUGAGAUUCUAUUGAAUGAUUAUUCGCGUCGCGGGUUUUUGGAUGGGAGGGCUGUACGGUUACCCACCGUGACUGUGCGGGCUGGAAAACCCACGCAGGCUGCGAGCAGUUUUGUGAGUGACAUUAUUCGUGAGCCGUUCCAUGGCAAGAAGGCUAUCUUGCCUGUCGCAAAGGAUACGCCUGUUUGGAUCUGUUCGCCGUAUACUAUUGUCAAGAAUAUAUUGCAUGCCCGGGAUGUCCCCGGCGAGGCGUUUGGAGACUCGCGUUCGGUCAAUUUGCCUGGUCUGUUGGUGACCGUACAAGAAAUGCUGGAUGCGUUGGAGCAGAUUGGUGGGCCCGAAAAGAGGGCUUUGGUUGAAGAAAAGUAUGACGCGGACGUGGACAGGAUUGUGCAGAGUUGGUCGCCGUUGUUUGACAGUGCGCGUGCUAGGGCGUUGGGCUUUGCGGAUGAUAUCUCGAUGGUUGAGAAUAUCAAAAGGAAGACUAAGCGUAGGGAAGGCCCGGAGCGGUUUGCAAAACGGGUCAUUCGACCUCCAAACCUCAACGACCAUCCUCGCCUGUCGUCCUUCCCACUCCAAUUGUCUCUCUCCCCCCAUCUACAUAUCAGCCAACUCGCACUUAUGGCUUCCCGGCGGCUUGCUCAGCAGUUCAACCAGGCUUUGCGCUCCCGCGCUGCCUUGAAGGCUGUCCAGCCCGUGAAGCGCGGCUUUGCUACGCCAGUUGGUCUGCCAUCACGGACACAGUCGACCACUUUGUCGAACGGCCUUACCAUCGCUACCGAACACAACCCCUACGCUGCCACCAGCACCGUCGGUGUCUACGUCGAUGCCGGAUCUCGUGCCGAAACCGACAAAACCAAUGGAACUGCUCACUUCCUUGAGCAUUUGGCCUUCAAAGGCACCAACAAGAGGACCCAGGGACAGCUUGAGCUUGAAAUUGAGAACAUGGGUGGCCACUUGAACGCCUACACAUCGAGGGAAAACACUGUCUACUAUGCCAAGUCCUUCAACGCCGAUGUCCCCAAGGCUGUCGAUAUCCUUGCCGAUAUUCUCCAGAACUCGAAGCUCGAGACCUCUGCCAUCGAGCGCGAGCGUGAUGUCAUUCUCCGGGAAGCCGAGGAAGUCGAGAAGAUUAGCGAGGAGGUUGUUUUCGACCAUCUCCACGCCACUGCCUUCCAGGGCCAGUCUCUUGGCCGCACCAUUCUCGGACCCAAGGAAAACAUCCAGAGCAUCCAGCGUGACGACCUUGUCAACUACAUCAAGACCAACUACUUGGCCGAGAAGACCGUCCUUGUCGGUGCCGGCGGUAUCGAGCACGAUGCCCUUGUCAAACUUGCUGAGCAGCACUUUGGUGGUCUUCCAUCUGCUCCCCCUUCUUCUGCCGCUGCUGCCAUUGCCGCUGAGCAGAAGCGCAAGCCCGAGUUCAUUGGUUCCGAGGUCCGUCUCCGUGACGACACCAUCCCUACUGCUCACAUUGCUCUUGCCGUUGAGGGUGUUAGCUGGAACGAUGACCACUACUUUACCGCUCUCCUUGCCCAGGCUAUUAUUGGAAACUGGGACCGCACCAUGGGCAAUGCUUCUUUCCUCGGCAGCAAGCUCAGCAACGUUGUCUCUCACCACAACCUUGCCAACAGCUUCAUGAGCUUCUCCACCAGCUACAGUGACACUGGUCUCUGGGGUAUCUACCUCGUCAGCGAGAACCUUACCAACCUCGAUGACCUCGUCCACUUCACUCUCCGCGAAUGGUCCCGUCUCUCAGUUAACGUUACCGAGGCCGAGGUCGAGCGCGCCAAGGCUCAAUUGAAGGCUUCCAUUCUCUUGUCUCUCGAUGGCACCACUGCCGUCGCCGAAGACAUUGGCCGCCAAAUCAUCACCACUGGCCGCCGCUUGAGCGCUGAGGACAUUGAGGCCACCAUCGGCCGCAUCACCGCCAAGGACGUCAUGGACUUCGCCAACGCCAAGCUCUGGGACAAGGAACUCGCCAUCAGUGCUUACGGAUCUAUCGAGGGUCUUCUCGACUACCAGCGCAUCACCAACGAUAUGAGCCGUAACUUGGCUUAA